UUUCUUAAAUUUGUUUAUAUGAGAAUAUUAACAUAUUCUAGGAAUAUUAGUGUUGAACCAUUGUAAGAAUAUAAAUCAUGAGAACAUCAGUGUGGCAAAAAAUCUAGUUGUUAAAUUAAUAACUUUCACCCUCUGUCACACAUCAGUAGCAAUACCUCAUAGCAUUCACUGCUCUUAACUUGCUUCUUGUCAUUAAAAACAAUUGAAUACAUGUCAGAACAACAAUUUGUUGAGCUCAACACUACAUCAACUACAAAGAUAUUUCGACACUACAUGCUGGUGCCAUGGUAUGCUCGAGCUGGUGCAACAAUUCUUGUGGUUGCUGUUCUGUCUUUCCUUCAAGGCGCUGAUGAAAUCAAACAUGUUGAUGCUCUCACCUCUAAGGACAGCAUUCUUAAUCAGGUUUUUGUUAAGAUGGGCUGGGCAUGGACUCUGUUGGCUUUCUUGGUGCUGACUUUGUCUCUGCUGCCGCUCUCUCCUCAGCCACUGAAUGCGAGCAUCAAGAUGGCUUUGCGAGCCCUACUGCUAACGAUCAUUUUCUAUACCUGGUGUGCUGUGAUUUUUCCCAGCAUUGAGCACUACACGGGUAUGUGUCUCUCGAAUAACGUGGUUGUAUCGCGACACGAUAAGAAGAAAUGCCUCAAGAGCGGCCACAAAUUUGACUCCUUCGACAUCUCCGGUCACGCAUUCCUGAUGGUGUAUUGCGUCCUCACGAUCAUGCAAGAGGCCCAGACCAUGAGGCGUUAUAUGGCGCUAGGCCAAGGCAUUGGCAAACUAAAUGAAAACCCAGAUGCUGGAAACGCCAAUGUGCAAGGAAACUCGACCAUGACCAAAGAAAAUGCACAAAACUUGCUUGCAAGCGACCAACCCAAGUCAUCUGAAGAUAUUAAUAAGGUAGCAAGUUCGCCAGUUCAGGAAAAUCUUGAGGCGUUACCGGACAGUGAGGUUAUCAAGUUCCAAGCUACAUACAUGAGGCUUUGGCCAAUUGUUUCUAUAGCAUACGUGGGAGUUUGUGUCCUGUGCGUAAUGUGGGACAUAGUUCUUGUCAUCACUACUAUUUAUUAUCAUACUCUCUCUGAAAAAUUGUUGGGGAUCUCAAUUGCUGCGAGCUCAUUCGCUUUCUUAUACAAAUACCUCUUCAUAAAAUUGAACUUAUUGUAAUAGUAGAAAGUAUUUGUUAUUAAUAUUGUUCAUUUUGUUUC